UGCUCAUAUUGAAAAUCAAAAUGGUACUUUAUAUAGUCGUGUAUAUUAUGAAUCAACCAUACAACGAUACACUUUACCUUAUGUCAUUGGCCAUGCCAAAGUAGUACAUAGUCAUUGGUUUCGUUCAGCUUUAAUUCGUGCUGUUUGUUAUUGUACAUCAGUGGAAGAUUUUCAACAAGAACGAACUUAUUUGGAAUUAACACUUCUUAUUAAUGGCUAUUCAUUAUUAUUUGUUGAAACUCAUGUUAAACAUUUCUUCAAUCAUUUUCAUGCUCAAACAUUACGAUUUUCAAGAAGUCAAAGUGCCUAUGAUAAUUUUCGUCAACAAUGGUUUACGUUUGUUGA